AUGACAGACUCAAAGUACUUCACCACCACCAAGAAAGGGGAGAUAUUUGAGCUGAAAGCUGAACUGAACAGCGACAAGAAGGAGAAGAAGAAGGAGGCUGUGAAGAAGGUGAUAGCAUCCAUGACUGUUGGCAAAGAUGUCAGCGCUCUCUUCCCGGACGUGGUGAACUGCAUGCAGACAGACAACCUGGAGCUGAAGAAGCUGGUCUACCUCUACCUGAUGAACUAUGCCAAGAGCCAGCCAGACAUGGCCAUCAUGGCAGUCAACACCUUUGUGAAGGACUGUGAGGACCCAAACCCCCUGAUCAGAGCCCUGGCCGUGAGGACCAUGGGCUGCAUCAGGGUGGACAAGAUCACGGAGUACCUGUGUGAGCCCCUGAGGAAGUGCCUGAAGGCCGAGGACCCCUAUGUGCGCAAGACUGCCGCCGUCUGCGUGGCCAAGCUGCACGACAUCAACGCCCAGCUGGUGGAGGACCAGGGCUUCCUGGACACCCUUAAAGACCUCAUCUCCGACUCCAACCCCAUGGUAGUGGCCAACGCAGUGGCGGCCCUCUCAGAGAUAGCAGAGUCCCACCCGAGCAGUAACCUCCUGGACCUCAACCCCCAAUCCAUCAACAAGCUGCUCACAGCCUUGAACGAGUGCACGGAGUGGGGCCAGAUCUUCAUCCUGGACUGCCUGGCAAACUACAUGCCCAAGGAUGAUCGGGAAGCCCAGAGCAUCUGCGAGCGGGUGACCCCCCGGCUGUCCCACGCCAACUCGGCCGUGGUGCUCUCGGCGGUAAAGGUGCUGAUGAAGUUCAUGGAGAUGCUGUCCAAGGACCUGGAUUACUAUGGGACCCUGCUGAAGAAGCUGGCCCCACCACUGGUCACCCUGCUCUCUGCAGAGCCUGAGCUCCAGUACGUGGCUCUCCGCAACAUCAACCUCAUCGUGCAGAAGAGGCCCGAGAUCCUGAAGCACGAGAUGAAGGUGUUCUUUGUGAAGUACAACGACCCCAUCUACGUCAAGCUGGAGAAGCUGGACAUCAUGAUCCGCCUGGCUUCCCAGGCCAACAUUGCUCAGGUGCUGGCAGAGCUGAAGGAAUAUGCCACGGAGGUGGACGUGGACUUUGUAAGGAAGGCGGUUCGAGCCAUCGGCCGCUGUGCCAUCAAGGUGGAGCAAUCGGCUGAGCGCUGCGUCAGCACCCUGCUGGACCUCAUCCAGACCAAGGUCAACUACGUGGUGCAGGAGGCCAUCGUGGUCAUCAAGGACAUCUUCCGCAAGUACCCGAACAAGUAUGAGAGCGUGAUUGCCACCCUCUGUGAGAACCUGGACUCCCUGGACGAGCCCGAGGCACGGGCUGCCAUGAUCUGGAUCGUGGGGGAGUACGCCGAGCGGAUCGACAACGCCGACGAGCUGCUGGAGAGCUUCCUGGAGGGCUUCCACGAUGAGAGCACGCAGGUCCAGCUGCAGCUGCUGACAGCCAUCGUGAAGCUGUUCCUCAAGAAGCCCACGGAGACACAGGAGCUGGUGCAGCAGGUGCUGAGCUUGGCCACCCAG